UUAGUUAUUGAACAAUGUUCUGACAGCUGCUCUUCUGGGUUUCUCAUGAGUAACCUGAAGAGUUCGGUUCCUGACCCUCCGCGUCCCGGAGGUCACGGCCGUGUUUGGGCUCCGCCUCGGCGGGACGACGCUGCCUCGGCUCCAGACUCUGAGCAAACAUGUUUUUGGAUCGUCAGGCGCACAGGAACCAGCAGAGGCUCGACCGCCGCUGUUCUGUCAGGUCUGCCCCAAAUUCUGCAGCAAGGUGUGACUUUGUCCCGGGACCCUGGGUCCGGACGGUGAGGGCGUCCCCCCUUUAAGAGACGCACACAGACGCCUCUGAGACUGCAUCAGAGCUGCAUGAAUGCUGGGAAAAGGACGUUUGAACUGGAAUUCUGCUCCAGAUCUGAAGGGAAUAAUUGGACUUUUGUGGUUCUGGAUCAAACAACAAGUUCAGGAAACUGCAGACGAGGAUAAAUGUGUGAACGUUUGGAGGGACUGACGCUCCCACAGAUGGCAUCUCAACAGAGACCGACCGCCACCCUGCUGACCUCCAUCCUGGCUGUGGUUCUCAGCUCUCUGCAGAUUGGCUACCACACCGGUAACGUCAACGCUCCAGCCAAGAUCAUUGAGGAGUUCUUCAACCACACGUGGAGAUCCAGACACAACCAGACGAUGACAGAUCACGGCCUGACGCUGCUGUGGUCGCUCUCGGUCAGCAUCAAAGACUUCGGGGCCUUGCUGGGCUCGCUGGGAGUCAAAUAUCUGGCAGAUUCUUACGGCAGGUAAGAAAGGAACCUCUCAGAUCUGGUGACUUUGACUCCUUGUGUCUAAAUUUGAUUCUCCCUGCAGGCGCAACUCCAUCCUAAUAGUGAA